GUGCGGCCAAACAUGGCGUCCGGUUGCUUAGCGCUGCUCCUGUAAAUCCGGUGUGAUCCUCAGCGAGCAGAGCCCCUCACAGCCCCUCACAGAGACAUGUCCGACUCGGAGGAAGAGAGCCAGGACCGGCAGCUCAAAAUAGUGGUACUGGGAGACGGAGCCUGCGGGAAGACCUCUUUGGCCAUGCGGUUUGCUCAGGAAUCAUUUGGAAAACAGUACAAACAAACAGUAGGACUGGACUUCUUUUUGAAAAGGAUAACCUUGCCAGGAAAUUUAAAUGUCACUCUUCAAGUCUGGGACAUUGGAGGACAGACCAUAGGUGGAAAAAUGUUGGAUAAAUAUAUCUAUGGAACACAGGGAGUACUUUUGGUAUAUGAUAUAACCAAUUACCAGAGUUUUGAAAAUUUAGAAGACUGGUUUUCCAUGGUGAAGAAAGUAAAUGAAGAAUCUGAAACACAGCCAUAUGUUGCCCUGGUAGGCAAUAAAGUUGAUUUGGAGCACAUGCGAACAGUGAAAGCAGAUAAACACCAGAGAUUUUGUCAAGAAAAUGGUCUGGGAAGUUAUUUUGUUUCUGCAAAGACAGGAGAUUCGGUCUUUCUGUGUUUUCAGAGGGUCGCUGCUGAGAUCCUUGGAAUCAAAUUAAACAAAGCAGAAAUUGAACAAUCACAGAGGGUGGUGAAGGCUGACAUUGUGAACUACUCUCAAGAACCAAUUACAAGAAUGGCUAAUCCUCCUCGGAGCUCCAUGUGUGCAAUUCAAUGAAAUACAGUUCACUCGGUCCAACCUAUUGGAAAACACCUUUUGCCACUGCACAAACCCAUAGUUUACCAUGAACUUUGCUUUCACAGCAUUAAUCUCCUUAGUACAGUUUAAAAUGUUCAAAAAUGUAAUAUUUUUUUAAUUAUUAUAUUCAUAAAGUAGCAGGCUUGCUGUCCGGGAUUCAUAGAUUUAAAAACAGACUUUAAAAUCUACAUUAAAGCUGAAUUUUUACAUAUUUAAGAGAAUACAAUUAUGCAUAGUGUAGUCAGUAAAAUGAAAGUCCUGGUGCAUCUUUUGAAACGGUAAUGGCCACUUACCAGGUAUUCUAUAGUCAACAAAUAUUCUCAAAGGGUUAAUGGAGCAUGAGAAACCAAAGUUUAAGGCAGACACGUACAGUACACCAUCAAGGAAUGUAACCUCUAAACAGCUAGGCUUGUGUGCCUGAUUACAAAGUUUGGGCCAAAUGGAUAAAUCACUUUGGUUUGAGACAUUUUUCAACUCUGAUGUUUUGGAGUCGGUUCUCACAUUAUGUUAAGUGAAAGUAAAUUUGUAGUUCUUUCAGCUGUGUGUGCACAGGGAUCACAAGACAAGCUAUGAAACCUAAUUGCAUAAUGUAUUUUUUUAUUAAAUAUAAUUUUUUUUUAAUCAUCUCCAUUCCCAGCAAGAAACGUCCUUUAAACCAUUAACAGAUUCUGCGCUGUCUUGAAUGUACAAUAUUUUAUAUCAGGGUGUUCUAACAUGAUUUGCUGUGAUAUAACUUAAAUAUUUUUUCUGCACUCAAAAAAGCCCUUGAUUAAAAUAGUUUUGUGAAUA